AUGGCAACGCUGCUGGCGGCGAGAACGAUUGAGCUUGAUCAACCGAUGCGACAAGUAACUGACUCCAAGACCGUCAUGGAAGCACUGACGAAGAGGAGAGUCAGGUUCGAAGACGAGGGAUUCAUUGCAAGUAAGAACGGGCCACUUACGAUGGCAGCAAUUGCGGCAAUCAGAGAGAGAAAGGCCCAUACGGCGUUCAAAUGGGUCAAAGGCCAUAGCGGACAUGUGGGGAAUGAGGCGGCGGACAGACUUGCAGCGGCGGGUGCGGGGAAGGAGGCCGAGGACGACCUGUCGCGAGAACUGAGUGUGGUGCCGUGCCUGCGACUGACCGGUGCGAAACUAUCUGCAAUGACGCAAAAGCUAGCGUACAAAGCGAUCCGUAAGCGGAAGGCGGCGGCCCUAAAACCGAGGCGAGCGACGCAGCUCAACUUGAAGCGCAUACAAGACGAGCUACUGGCAGCUACGGGGAGAGCACCGAAGACGGAUAGCAUUUGGACGUCACUAAGGAAGACAGAGGUGUCGCGAGAGUGUGCGCAAUUCAUGUGGAAGACAAUCCAUGAUGCGUUCAUGGUUGGGCACCACUGGCAGAGACCGAACAUGGGUGAUGAGCUGAGGGAGAGAGCGAUAUGUAAACUGUGCGAUGAGACGGAAACAAUGGACCACAUACUCUUCCGUUGCGACUCGACCGAAGCAAGAGUCAUCUGGAAGAACCUCUGCGACCUCUGGGAAGGGACGGGCCAGAAAUGGCACGAGCAGUCGUGGGGAACGGUCCUCGGAGCAGCGUGCCUGAUUUUCGAGAGUGAGCACGGAACGAGACUCCCAUACACGGAGAGGCUGUGGACGACGCUGUGCACUGAAGCAGCUUACCUCGUCUGGAAGUUGAGAUGUGAGAGAGUAAUACAGAAUGAAGGAGCGUGCUUCAGCGAACGGGAAGUACAGAACAGAUGGACGGCGACAAUGAAUGGAAGACUGACUCUAGAUAGGAGAACAGCGGUACCUUGGCUAGGCGGUACGAAGGUGUCCGCAAAGGGGAUUGAACUAAUGUGGCUACCUGUGAUUCGAUCUCCGAAAGACUUACCGCAAGACUGGGUUAGAAAUAGCGAGGUUUUAGUGGGUAUUAGGGGUCCGAACGGCUGA